AUGCCGUUGCUGUCUUUAGCACCCCUCUGCUGUGAGGAGCUGUUCUUUCACCUCAAACUCCUGGUUACAGCUCUGCUCAGGUCCAUCCUAAUCAAAGAAACAGUAGGAAGCAGCCAAACCGUGGAAAAGUUCAUCUGUUCUCCCUAUUCUUGUAUGCGAAUUGUCUAUGUUGAUGUUCAUGGUCUCCCAAGUGUUGGACUCGCUGCUCCUCUUUCCGAUGCUCUUACGUUGUGUACAUACACGUGUUCUCUCUUAUAGGCUAUCGGCUGUACUCUGAACUGCAGUUGCCCAAGUUUCAAGCCUGGGAAAAUAAACCACCGACAGUGUGAACAGUGCAGGCACGGAUGGGUGGCUCAUGCGCUAAGUAAGUUGAGGAUUCCGCCCGUGUAUCCAACAAGCCAAGUGGAGAUUGUGCAGUCCAGUGUGGUGUUUGAUAUUAGCAGCCUCAUGCUCUAUGGGACCCAGGCCAUCCCUGUUCGCCUGAAGAUCCUCCUGGACCGGCUCUUCAGUGUGCUGAAGCAAGAUGAGGUUCUGCAGAUCCUUCAUGCCUUGGACUGGACCCUUCAGGAUUAUAUCCGUGGAUAUGUGUUACAGGAUGCUUCGGGGAAGGUGUUGGAUCACUGGAGCAUCAUGACCAGUGAGGAAGAAGUGGCCACCUUGCAGCAGUUUCUUCGUUUCGGAGAGACCAAGUCCAUAGUGGAGCUCAUGGCAAUCCAGGAGAAAGAAGAGCAGUCUAUCAUCAUCCCACCCUCCACAGGCAACGUAGACAUCAGGGCUUUCAUUGAGAGCUGCAGCCAUAGGAGUGCCAGCCUCCCCACUCCAGUGGACAAAGGCAGCCCCAGCAGCAUGCACCCUUUUGAGAACCUUAUAAGCAAUAUGACUUUCAUGUUGCCUUUCCAGUUCUUCAACCCUCUGCCUCCUGCUCUGAUAGGUUCACUGCCUGAGCAGUACAUGCUGGAGCAGGGUCAGGACCAAAGCCAGGACCCCAAACAGGAGCUGCACGGGCCCUUCUCUGACAGCAGCUUCUUAACGUCCGCACCAUUUCAGGUUGAUAAAGAACCGUGUCUAAAGUGUCCAGAUGUUGUUACCCCAAAAGAAGACAGUGCACACUUAAGCGACUCCAGCUCAUACAGCAUUGCCACUAAGCUUGAAAGGACACAGCUGUCCCCUGAGGCCAAAGUAAAGCCUGAGAGGAGCAGCCUGAGUGCGAAGAAGGGCCGGGUGUUCUGCACUGCCUGCGAGAAGACGUUCUAUGACAAAGGCACUCUGAAGAUCCACUACAACGCCGUCCACCUGAAGAUCAAGCACAAGUGCACUAUCGAAGGGUGCAACAUGGUGUUCAGCUCCCUGAGGAGCCGGAACCGACACAGCGCCAACCCCAACCCUCGCCUGCACAUGCCGAUGAACAGAAAUAACCGGGACAAAGACCUCAGGAACAGCCUGAACCUGGCGAGCUCCGAGACCUACAAGCGCCCGGGUUUCACGGUGAUGUCUCCAGACUGCGGGCCCCUCCCUGGCUACACCGGUUCAGUGGAGGACUCCAAAGGUCAGCCAGCUUUCUCGAGCAUUGGGCAGAAUGGCGUGCUGUUCCCGAACCUACGGACCGUCCAGCCAGUCCUUCCCUUCUACCGCAGUCCAGCCACUCCCGCUGAGCUGGCGAACACGCCUGGCGUGCUGCCCUCUCUCCCCCUCUUGUCCUCCUCGAUCCCAGAACAGCUGGUUUCCACAGAAAUGCCCUUCGAUGCUCUUCCCAAGAAGAAGUCCCGGAAGUCCAGCAUGCCUAUCAAAAUAGAGAAAGAAGCUGUGGAAAUCGCUGAGAAGAGACACAGUCUCAGCUCAGAUGAUGACAUGCCCCUGCAGGUAGUCAGUGAAGAUGAGCCAGAGGACAGCAGUCCUCAGUCAGACCGAGUGCCUGAGGAGCAGCAUACACAGCUAAGCUUAGAGAAGCCUUUCCCCCAAGGAGAAAGACCCUGCCAUCUUGAGUCUGUGACUGAGUCUCAGGGGGCUAUCAGCAGAACCCUUGAGCAGACCACACACACAGCGAGGGAGGCUGAGCAGAAGUUAGGAUUCACUUCAGUAAUGCCAAGAGAGGUGGAGGAUGGUGGCCAUGAGCGCCAUUUCACACCUGGACUGGGGCCCCAAAUUCCCUUUCCUGACUACAUGGAAUUGCAGCAGCGCCUACUGGCUGGGGGACUCUUGAGUGCUUUGUCCAACAGGGGGAUGACUUUUCCUUUUCUGGAAGAGUCUACAGAACUGGAACACCUGGGAGAGCAUGCCCCAGUGAGGCCAAAGGAAGAAAAUCGCUUUCAGUGUGACAUCUGCAAGAAGACCUUUAAAAACGCUUGCAGUAUGAAGACACAUCAGAAGAACACACAUGCCAAAGAGACACACACAUGCACAGUGGAGGGAUGUGCUGCUGCCUUCCCAUCCCGUAGGAGCAGGGACAGACACAGCUCGAACCUGAGCCUCCACCAGAAAGUAUUGACUGAAGAAGCAUUGGAGAGUAGUGAGGACCAUUUCCGUGCCGCUUACCUUCUGCAAGACGUGGCCAAGGAGGCCUAUCAAGAUGUGGCUUUCACACCACAAGCAUCGCAGACGUCGGUCAUCUUCAAGGGAACAAGUGGCAUGGGCAGUCUGGUUUACCCACUAGCUCAAGUUCACAGUGCCAGUCUGGAGAGUUACAACUCCGGGCCCCCUAGCGAGGGCACCAUCCUGGAUUUGAGCACUACCUCAAGUAUGAAGUCAGAGAGCAGCAGCCAUUCCUCCUGGGACUCUGAUGGGGUGAGCGAGGAAGGCGCCGCCCUUAUGGAGGACAGUGAUGGGAACUGUGAAGGCCAGAGCCUUGUCUCUGGGGAAGAUGAGUACCCCAUCUGUGUCCUGAUGGAGAAGGCCGACCAGAGCCUUGCUAGUCUGCCCUCCGGGUUGCCCAUAACCUGUCAUCUCUGCCAAAAGAUAUACAGUAACAAAGGGACCUUUAGAGCCCAUUACAAAACCGUGCACCUCCGCCAGCUCCACAAGUGCAAAGUGCCAGGCUGCAACACCAUGUUUUCGUCUGUUCGCAGUAGAAACAGACACAGUCAGAAUCCCAACCUGCACAAGAGCCUGGCCUCAUCUCCAAGCCCCCUCCAGUAACAAGCCAAAGACUCGGAUAGGUGUUUGCCCUGAGUUCAGGAAUAAGAGAAUCCAAAGAAUAAGGUAGUUGGACUGUUGAGUUCCAUUUCUCAUAAGCCAGAUGAAAGUGACUUGACUGUCCAGUCUUCUACAGCAGGAAAAGCACAAGGCGAGCCUGUGAGAAGCUGACACUGGGGUAGCCCUUCCUGCUAUUAUUUUUCUUAGCCCACGAGGUCUUCCACUGACACAGGAAAACACAGAAAGGCAGUUCCCUCAGAUUUGUUUACAUGUUCCCUAGGACACCUCCGGGUCUACAGACCAAGGAGGGAGUAGGGAUCAGGAACUAGGCACAGCUUCACAGGAGGCCUGCAGUAUUAAGGUAUCAGGGAAGAAGUCUCCUUGAAUACAACACUGUCACUGUGGGCAUGACCACCAGUCCCAAAGAUGUCGUUUUCAGGAACCCUCCCCCACUUUUUUGGAUGAAUCCAAAGACCAGACUUGAGUUUAGGAAAAUGACAUUCAGAGACCAUCCCUCCAUUGGGAGUCAAUAAUUGCUCCUUCACAGUCUCGGAUGUAAUUCCAGGGAGUUCUCCGAGGAAGCUGGUUGGCCCCCAAUAUGCUCCUUGUCAAUUCUCCUUGAUCUGCAACAUGCAUUUAAGAAGCUAGAGGGAAAAUAUUUUGUGCACUUAAGAAUAGUGGACUUCAGUUUAAUUUAAAGUUAUUUUGAUAAUAUUUAACUUGUGUUUAUAUUAUGUAACUAUUUGGUGUGAGUGCAGACAUGUCCGUGUCACCUCUGAGUCUGUUCAGAAUUAGAACAAGUGACAACUCACACUGGAGAACCACAGCCUGUCUUCGGGUGGUGAACUGCAGCCUGGUGACCCCUGUGGGAGAGUACAAGUGUGGUUCUGCCUAACGCAUUUGUAUAUAUCCACCAGGCUAUUUAGAGAACGUGGUUCUGAUGGCUGUUGUGUAUCUGCAGUACCACUGGACCCUCGCUCUUCACCCGCUGGCAAAUGUAUAAGGUUAGAAUGGACUUUGAGAUUUAUUUGGUAGAAAGAAAAGUAGGGACCUUACUGCCAUGUUCUAUGUCUUAAUAUUUAACUUAUUCCAAGAUCUAUUCCACACCGCUAAACAUAUAGAAAAGAUGUGUAAUCAACCCUGUGAAAUGAGACUGUCUCAGAAUUCAGCAUUGGCAAUAUUCUAAAGGGCUACGCAACUUUAAAAGAAGUGGAUUUUGUAUUCAGAGUUCAAGUUAACUGUUUGACUCAUGUUGACUUAAUUUAAAAAUCCUUAAAGGAAAUUGAUGGUUAUAAGAGAUAUUAUUCCCCUGGCUUAAAGACAGAAAAAGCCAAAACCUGUUAGCAAUUAUUUCAACUUUAAAAAAAUUACUUAAAAGUUGUCUCUGCUUAAGGAGAGAUGUAUCUUUCAAGCUUUUUUGUUACUGAGAUGUUCAACAUUCUAAUUUCCCCAAAUGGAAAAAAAUUUGUAUGCAAUGUUUUCUAUGAUUUAAUAAAAAUAUACAGCAUACCUUUUGUUUAAAGGGCAAAUAUUUA